AUGAAUAAGAUGUUUAGAUCGUUGGCGGGCUUCGCUAGAAGAAGUCCUAGCUUAAAGACUACUGUACAAUCUAGAUGUUUCGCUAGCGGCAAGACGGCUGAAGCCGCUGCCGCCGCGGGUGCUAAACCAUCACUUCUUCGUAGAGGUGGUAAAUUAGCACUACACGCAGCCCUUUACAGUGCAUUAGCAGGUACUGCAUACGUUUCCUAUGAGCUUUACAGGGAAUCUAACCCUUUACCACAAGUAGCACAAUCUGCUACUUUUGCCGAUGGUUCCCCACGUAAGACUAUUGUCAUUCUAGGUUCCGGUUGGGGUUCAGCCUCCCUUUUGAAAAACCUGGAUACUUCUCUUUACAAUGUGGUUUUAGUAUCUCCUCGUAACUACUUCUUAUUUACACCUUUGUUGCCUUCUACCCCUGUUGGGACUGUGGAAUUAAAGUCUAUUGUGGAACCAAUUAGAAGUAUUGCUAGACGCGCGCCUGGUGAAGUUCAUUACUAUGAAGCAGAAGCGUUAGAUGUGGACCCACAGGACAAAACCGUUAAGAUCCAGUCUGUGAACAAGGAUCAAGAGUACACUUUGGAUUUGAAAUAUGAUUAUUUGGUUUACGGUGUUGGUGCACAACCAACUACUUUCAAUACUCCAGGUGUUUAUGAGAAUGCAUCUUUCUUAAAGGAAAUCUCUGACGCUCAAGAGAUUCGUGUUAAAAUUAUGACUGCCAUCGAGAAAGCUGCUACUUUAUCACCAUCUGAUCCUGAACGUCAAAGACUUUUGACUUUUGUCGUUGUUGGUGGUGGUCCCACUGGUGUGGAACUUGCAGCUGAAUUGAAAGAUUAUGUGGAUCAAGAUUUAAAAAAAUGGAUGCCCGGUUUGUCUAAGGAAAUUAAAGUCACUUUGGCGGAAGCUCUACCUAACAUUUUAAACAUGUUUGAUAGAUCAUUGGUGGAAUACGCUCAGGACUUGUUUAAGCAAGAAAAGAUCGAUUUAUGGUUGAAUACAAUGGUUAAAAGUGUUGAUAAGACUCACAUCAGAGCUAAAUGUGGAGAUGAGAUGAUUGAAGUCCCUUACGGUGUCUUAGUUUGGGCUACUGGUAAUGCUCCUCGCGAUGUGACCAAGAACCUGAUGAACAAAUUAGAACCGCAGGACUCAAGACGUGGUUUAUUAAUCAAUGAGAAAUUACAGUUAUUGGGUGCCGAGGAUUCUAUUUUUGCCAUUGGUGAUUGCACUUUCUACCCAGGUCUUUUCCCAACAGCUCAGGUGGCUCAUCAAGAAGGUGAAUACUUGGCAAAGGCCCUCAAGAAAAUCCACGGAGUAGACCAGCUAAAAUGGCAAAUCGCACAAGCUGCUGAAGAAGACAAACAGAUGUUAGAAUCUCGUCUAGACAAAUUACAAGGUGAUUUUGAACACUUCAAAUACAACCACAUGGGUGCUCUAGCAUACAUCGGUAAGGAGAAAGCUAUUGCUGAUGUUUCCUUCGGUCAAUCCCAAUACAAAUUGGCCGGCUCUUUCACAUUUUUGUUCUGGAAGAGCGCUUAUCUCGCCAUGUGUCUUUCUUUCCGCAACAGAGUCUUGGUUGCCAUGGAUUGGUGCAAAGUGUACUUCUUAGGUAGAGACUCUAGCGUUUAA